AUAUAAACCCAUAAAUUUAUUUUAUCCAAACCUCUAUCAACACACAUGUGCAUGAUCUAUUAUACCAUCACGUUAUGAACAUAUGUGUCUUUUGUCUUUGAGCUCGGCAUUUUUGCAACAUCCGCAUUGUGCUGUGGAGUCAUUUCCUGCAAAAAUCUGACUUUGGCAACCUAUUGAAUUCGGCAGCUAAGUUUAUUAGCGUGACGAUACUUCAGUGAACACAGGCGAUUUAGAAUGCACUGGCUUGCCACCAGUUUCACAAGACUUCCUGAAAGUGAAACAGGAGUCGGUCAGUCUUUCAAACUGUAAACACAGCAGUUAAUAGAAUCCACACCCGGUGCUCUUGCUUCAAUUUACCAGACAUUCUGCGUGUGGUUUCAGACCAAUCCGACAAUCCGUGCUGCACACACAAACCAACUGGCAACAACACAGACGGAAACUAUGAUCCUCUACCUCGUAAGCCUAGUUUUCACAUUGCCACUGCAAACAAGUGGUGCAACGACAAUUGGCCAUGGUCACAGUAUAAUUGGAGUGACAACUGGUGAGAUCAAAGAAAAUCACACUCAUGUCAAGCGUCCAACAGUAACUUACAAUCAGAAACCUCUAAACAUCACUGAAGAAAUGAAGGCGGCUCAGGCAACAACAACCGGCUUCAUGACUUCCCUGAAAACAAAUUCACCGGUAGGAAUGACAAACGCCACCAAAGUAAUUCAAAGCACUGCAUCUCCAAUGCUCACAAGAGCCACCCAAAGCCAGAACAUGGAACAAACGGUCCUCCCUUCGACUAUUAAAAUGACCCAUUCAUCUAUAGACUCAAACCUCAUUUCUACUGCAGCCACAUCUUCAACCACGUCUCUCGAAAACAAACCUACAAAUAUAGGUGGGGAUACUACGCCGUCCACAGAGUCAUACAAACCUUCAAGAGUCACUAUCAUCACUGAGCCAAAUAAAAUCCAAGAACCUCCAACAGAAAAUUUGAAUCCCGUCUCAAUUCACAGCCAUGUAGUGGCAGGACUAAUAGGUGUGGCUCUGGUAUCAAUGGUUGUUGGAAUCUUGGUCAUCAUUGUGAAACGCAAACUUCAGAAAGAGCAGAAAACAACGACUGCCUGGGCUGGUCCUUCGCCAUUUCUCAACCACGGAAAUGACAACGGACAAGUAACACUGAGGUCAUCGAAUCGGAUUUCUGCUGCCAGCUUCCUGUAUCAGAAAACUUCCAAAAGGCUGUCUUUACUCCCGGAAAUACAAGAGGAGUCGGAAGCCAAAACACCAGCUUCUACUUUUGGAAGGACACAUCAAGGGAGUACAUCUGAAUCAGAAUUGGAUACCAGAAGUGCACUGGAAAGAAUUGAUACAAAAAAGACUGAGGAUAAUUCUCCCAUUGUAACUUCAACAAAACAAAGCAUUACAAAUGGCGAUGCUGGCAACGAAAACUGUGACUCUAUCGGCACUCAGGAAAAUGACUUUGGGCAAUCUUAAUUACGUAAAAAAUCUAAACCAACAAAAGGUCAUUGACAAAUACUCUAUGAAGAACAUUUUCUUCCUGUGACCGAAAAGAUUAGGCAGCAUAUUGCCAAAAAAAACAAAAAAAAAAAAUCUGACAUCUUCUACAUAAGAUGCACAGUGUAUUGAAGCUACAAUCAAUUCAUGAAGACAAUAAAAACUUAAAUAAUGUAAAACAGGAAAUUGCUUAAGAGUUGACUACUGUCGGAAAGAACAGUGAAAAGGAAAAUUUUCGUCACUUCUGUUCCAACGCUUGUAAGAGCUGUAUGUGCAGAUCUGGCUGGCUGUGUCUGCCGCAGAAUUGGCAAUUGGCACUCAACGGGCAAAUUACGAGAGUAUGCUUUGAUCGCCCAACCGGAAUAGCCGUCAACCUGCUCACAUUAAUCCAAGGCAUUAGUGUUUGUAUCGAUCAAGUAGACAAGUGCCCUACAAAUGUCAAAUAACAUUUUCAGAAAGUAACAGUUGACAAACGACUGACGAUAAGAUCAGCGGAAGACACAGCGCAGCUCACUUGGUUGUGAUGAAACGAAAAUGGCUUACAUAUUGUCUGUUGAUUCCAAUCCUUGUUUCAUGAGUUUGAACAACCACAAACGCUGUUUUGCUGCACUAUUUUUAUUCCUUAAUAUUCAUUUCAGCAACUCAUGCCGUUUUUAUUCAUUCUUGGCUCUUAAUUUAUUUUUUCCUGUGUUUGUUUUUUGGAAUUUAUUUGGAUAAAUAAAAAUAUUAACAUCA